AUGGACCCUCUAUCGGUGGCCGGCUCGAUCUCAGGUCUCAUCUCACUGAGCGACACAAUCUUUCGCAAGCUCUACCACUAUGUCAAAGAUGUAAAAAGUGCUGAGAAGGAAGUGAAAACCCUCAAGAAUGAAGUCGCUGCGCUCAGUGGCGUACUCCACAACCUCCAACUGAUCGCCCAGGACUUGGAAACCAGCGAAUUGCAAAACAGUUCGAUACGCCUAGAUCAUAUCGACGCAUGUCUCAACACUCUCUACAAAUUAAAGGAUAACAUUGAAAAAGCCGGGAUUUUUGAUAAAGGCAAGAUACGUAGCACGGUACACAAGCUCAGUUGGCCUUUCAAGGCUGUCGAUACAAAGAAGUUCUUCGACGACAUACGAGGCCAUCGAGACCACCUUAACUUUGCUCUCUCGGUUGAUACCAUGGCGGCUUUGCUCCAGUGUCUUUCUAAACAAGAUCAGCUACUCUCGGGUGUUGCUGGCCUUGAGACAAGAUUGCGAGACAAACAGAAUAUCGACACCAAGAUUGUUGUGAACGCGGAACGUCAGAAGAUUCUGGACAACUUCCUUUCCGUCAAUCCGGAAGAUUCAUUCCGUACCAAUACACGGAUUAGACAUACCACGACCGGGUUUUGGCUUACUAAAAAUGAUGAGUUCACCACAUGGAUGCAAGGAUCAAACUUACACCUGUGGCUGAGCGGCAUCCCUGGUGCUGGCAAGACGAUCCUCUCCAGUCUUAUUAUUCAGCAAUGCUUGAAUCAAGCUACGGAUGAUAGAGCAGUAGCGUUCUUUUACUGCGAUUACAAGAAUAUCAGGAGCCAAGACGUGGUUCAAAUCCUGAGUAGCCUUACAUCGCAGCUCGCACGGCAACACGAAAGCUGUUUCCAGCUACUCAAGGACUACGACAAUGAACUACGGCCACAGCACCAGCUGCGACGGAGCCCUGAAGUUGAAGAACUCAUUGACCUGCUACGGAAGAUGUCCAAUUACUUCGAGGACGUACGUUUGAUAGUAGACGGGCUUGACGAGUGCAAUGAGCAGGCUGGCGAGGUAGCGAGAAAACUCAAAUCGCUGGGGAGUGAUCAUGCUGUUAUCUCCAUGUGUUUUCUCAGCAGAGACGAGCUUGAUAUCCGUACGGAACUUGAUUCGCUUAUGUUCGGGCAUAUCGAGAUCGCUGCGCACACGGAGGACGUAGAACAUUAUGUCAGAACCGAGAUCGAAGAUAGGCUCAAAAAGAAGAAACUUCGGCUGAAGAGUAGUAACCUCAAAGACGAAAUUGUUCGUCAACUCGUAACUCGAGCAAAGGGCAUGUUCCGUUGGGUGUCUUGCCAGCUCGAUCACCUCUGUGAGCUUCCGACAGAUGCGCUUCGUCGUAAAGCUUUAACGUGUCUGCCCACAACUCUGAACGAAACCUAUGCAAGAGUACUCACGCGUGUCGAGGCCUCCGCUAGGCCGCUUGUACGGAGAACCUUACAGUGGAUCACAUACGCCCACCAUUCCGGGCUCUCUGUCGAGCAAUUAUCAGAGAUUGUCGCCAUAGACGAGAAGGACGAGGAAUUGGACCCUGAGGCAUGCCCCGAUAUAGAAGAUCUACUUCGAUAUUGUGGGAGCUUAGUUCGCAGAACCAGCGGUUUCAGUUACACAAGUAAUUCGUCAUGUACCAAACUCGAGUUGGCUCAUUUUACUGUCCAAGAAUUUCUGGAGGCGAUCAACCCCAACGAUGCGGAACUGAACGAGUUCCGCCUGAGCUCCACUGACGAGCUCAUAUUGGCCAAGACAUGUCUGAAUUAUCUAUGUCUCCCGUCAUUCAAUCAGCCCCCUUUUGACUUUGAGGAAGAUUUUGAGGACCAUCCAUUCUACCAUCAUGCAACAAUUUGUCUAACCAACUACGUCGGCCAGGUUACGCAUGACGACGAUAUACAGAGAUAUCUUCAAAGGCUAUUUCGCCCACCAAAGUCCUACAAUCUCACCCGUCUUGUUUUACACUAUGUUCCAUAUCUGAGGGAUGAAGCUAAAGAAGACGAAUGGGUGGAUGAACUCUGUUCAUACGAGUUCAGCAGCCUGCAUGCUGCGGCUAUGUUUGGUUUCGGAACAGUGUGUCGAUGGCUACUCGAUGAAGGAUGCGAUAUAAAUCAGAAGUCCGCACUCGGCACUCCAUUGGAAUGGGUGGUGGUUGGUCCAUAUUUCAUGAAAUCUGGGAAGAUAAGCUUCCAUUUGUUCGAGCACCUCUUUCAAAGCGCCACUGAAAGUAUCAUAUCGACACUAAUCGAAGCCGGUGCCGCCUACGAUGUGGACGGGGGAGAUCUGAACUCUCUGCUUCUCGCUGUAUUUCACGGUCCAUGGACACUUUCCGUGGAGAUGCUUCGCUAUGGCAUGCCUCUAUCUGAGAGUUUCACCCAUUAUCUGGAGGAAAACCUUCGCGGGGGUAAUAAACUGUUCUUGGAGAACUUUGUCGCCUCGAUUAAUGGCGUUGAAGAUGAAAAGAUUCCCUUAGAUGUCAGAAUGCGACUUCUUGAUCUUGCUCGAGCAAAUGGUAUUCCAUUAGAGACCAACUCGCCUCUGGAUACUAGAAUCAGCACGAUGCAAUAUAUGAGCGACGAGACGUAUGCGGAUGCUGUUGUCUAUACAGCCAAGUAUGGUCCAGUGUCAAAUCUACUACAUCUUACAACUGACGAGCGAUUCUCGGUGAACAUGGAAGGGCCAUGUCGCUCGGCAACACUGCUUCACAUAGCGGCAGAACAUAAUUCGCCAGAAUGUAUGGAGCUGCUUCUGGACAAAGGUUUUGAUGCCGCUCAGUUGGAUGAGUCUGGAUGUACAGUUUUGCAACACGCAAUCAGUUACGGCAUAAAAGAGGAACCUCUGCUACGCCGCCUGAUCCAAAGUAACGCCACAGAAGUUGUAGAUCGUGAUGGGAGAGGCGUUUGGCACGUCGUAGCUGAGAAAGGGCGCUUAGACGUUCUUGAUUUACUCAUCGCGGAACUUGGACCGGAUCAUCCUUACCUCUGCAUACAGAGCAAACUAGGCAGAACCCCAUUUCUGGACGCAAUCUUGUACCGAGAGAACCAUAUCGCAUUUCGAAUGCUAAGGUCACUUCCGGCAAACAAAGUCCUUGCGACAGAUCCGCAAGCUAUCCAUUCUGCCAUAGCGACUGGUCUCGAAGAUAUCUUGCAAGAACUUGUGCAAAUGGGUGCCAGCCUACACAGCGGAUCUGAUCAGGAUCGAAGUGCCUUGUACUUUGUCACCCAAGAAACGACCCCCGGCAUACUGAGAAUGCUCCUAAACCAUGGUCUUGAUUCUUUCAGUGAUGGAGCUGCUUGCUACGACCUUCUGCACGACCACUCAGGAUAA